UUGUAAUUUCUUGCUACGGUGAAGAUGGUGUUUACCUUUCAGAUGUAUUCUAACGCUGCUUACCCUUUGUCUUGCAGUCUCUUCUUGCCAAACAACCUGCCACUCCUUCAAGACCUGCCGAUUCUCCAAGGCAACCAGGUGGCUCUCCCAGGACCCCAAGACAACCAGGUGGAACAAACAUGGUGACUGCGGUCCCACCCAUCACAUCGGGAACUCCAAAAGGUCCUGCUGCUGCAAAUGAAGGAGUGCUGGCAAACUUCUUCAACAGUUUAUUGAGUAAAAAGACAGGUUCUCCUGGGAGUCCUGGAGCUGGCGGAGUAUCGAAUACAGCCAAAAAGUCAGGACAAAAGCCGGUUUUAACAGAUGUUCAAGCAGAGCUGGACAGGAUGUCUCGAAAACCGGAUUCUGUAGUCACAACAAACAACUCUCCUCCAACAGAGAAUGAAGCCUAAAAGCUGCAAGAGACACUGUAUAAUAUAAUAUUUAAAAAUAAAAGACCAAAUUAGACAAUUGUAUCAUUCGAGUGAGGGCCAGCAGAUGUCUAAUGCGGCAGCCGCUAUCAGUUUUAGUUUGGGGGUGGGGGGAACAUGAGGCAUUAACUAAACUUUUAAAAUGACUUGUGGCAGGAUAGGUGUGUGCAUUCCAGAAAUGUAAAUAGCCUCUGUCUGACAACACCUUAAUCAAAAAAUAAUCGUUUUAUCAGAAAGAUUAAGGGCGAAUAAAACCUUGUUAGUAGACUGGCAAAGCGACAUGUGUGUUACUGGGGGUUUGAGAGAAUGGCUGAGAGAAGGUGAGGGGAGGAGGCAGGUGGCUAUCAGUACAGCCUGCUUAGGUUACAAUUCUUAGUGGGGUGCAACAAGAUUUUGGAAUCAGCCACUGAGAUUGGUAGUAAAUUCUGCACUCUUAUUCCCCUUUUCCCAUUGACUGCUUGUACGUGAGAUGGGCAGUGAGGCACACCAAGCAGUCCCAGGCAGUUUGUAAUCUGCAGAGUCAGGUAUUGGAAUGAAGGACCAAGCUAGUGCAUGAGGUGAAACCAGUAACGGUGGCAGGUCACAGUGUGGGCAGAGGGGAGGUAGGUUCAAGCAAGAAGAAGUGGCAUGAAGAAGAGGGAAUAUUUAGACUCAUUGGAUGUUCUGUUAAUAAUUGGAAGGUAGAAGUGUGAAACUGUUUAUAUUUAGGAACGGUUCAAAUUAAUCAGGAUUUGAGGCUGAGCAGGGAAGUGACUCUUAAAAUCAUGAAAUUAUCAAACAUGAUAGAUAUUGUUACUUUGAAUUUAAAAGGCUGUUAGAAUGUUUAGAAGGCACUUUGAAUAAUUAGUUAUUGAAGACAUAGAGUGGAGAGAGAAACCUGCUGGAAACAAGUGCCUGACACAUCACCAUGCAGGUGUCAUAGUAAGCGCCCAGCUCAAAACAUGCACUAUAGCACAAGCGGUCAGUCGCUUCAUGGUGUUUUAUUUUUAUUAAAACUUAAUUUAAAGGUUGUUUUAUCCAGUAAUGGAAAGGUUUUUUUUAGUUUUUAUUUUUUUUCUGAUAGCUCCUGCCUUCCUUGAAUUGUAGUGAGUUAGGCCAACAUAAACAAAAAGGAAAUUCCACCCCCCCCGCCCAAUUCCCAUCCCCAUCCCCAUCCCUCCCACUAAAGGUUGUAUGAGAAAAACAUCAUUCCGUUGUUUAGCUGCAAUUAAUGAAAUGGCACAUUAUUUCUGAGUGUAAACACUACUCAAUGUAGAGGACUUUAUUGCAUUGCAUUCUCUGGGGGAUAACCACAAAAUGGAAUUGCGCAGACUUCUACUUUCUGUUGUAUAAACUGUCCUAACUUGUGCUGAAAUGGGAGGUCUGGCUAGUCAGCAUUUUCCCUAUAACAUUGCAUAUAUAUUAUUAAAAGCAGUAAUAUAUUUACCAUUGAAAGCUGGGCAUCAUUAGCUUCUGAGUAUUUUUCCAAUAGCAAGACUGUUUGUAUGAUUUUUUUCAUUUUUUUUGAGGCUCUUAUCUGUAACAUGUAUGUAUGGAAGGUGACUGGGAACAAUGCUCUUGUUCCUGGCUUCCUUGCACCAAGGAGGGCAAGGGAAAUAUUUCCAGGCUUGUCUGGACAAUAUACCUGACGUUCAAAGUUGGUGUAACUUCGAAGGAACUGCACAAUUGGUCCACUUUUAUUUUCAAUAUUUUUAUGAUUUAACUGCUGGAACCAAACAAGCAAACUUUAAAUGGCUUUGAAGAUAACAGAACAAAAUGUUAAUCCAUAUAAACUGUUGUAUAGAGGAUGCUGAAUGAUUGUUACACUAACCUUAAGAAACCAAUUUAAUGUUUAGUGGACUUUUUUCUGUCUUUGUCUCUUUCUGAUCCAUUCCCCUCCUCACAUCCUUUUCUGUUCAUAUUUAUUCCAUUGUGCAUGUUUUCUGCCUUCCCGAAUCUAUAUUUUCCGUCCUUUCCUUCUACCAUUUAUAUUUUUGUCUCUUUGGACUCUAGUCUUUUCAAUCUGGACAUCUGUUUCCUGUCUUCCACUUUGAUUUCUCUCCAUGUUCUGUUUACCUUCUUCCUUUCUUGUUUCUUGUCUGUGUUUGCAUCUCUCCAUCUUACCCCUCCUUUUUCAGUCUGCAUCUUUUUUUGCUGUACUUCUUUCCUCUUGCCUCCCUCUUUCAAACUGUGCCUCUCUCCUUUUCAUUUCUCUCUCCCUCUGUGUUUAUCAGAGUUGCAAUUCCAGCCAAAAGAUGUUGUAAUCUAAAGAUCUGGCUUGAUCUUGUUUGUUUUCAGUAAACUGAAAUAUUUAUGCUGCUUAAUUUAAAGUUUGCACUUGAAAUAUUUUGCAGGAAGGAAACAUUGGCAUUUUAGAAUCAAGUUUUAAAUGAAAAAUUAUUUAACAAAAUGAGUGCUAAUUUUCACCUUUUGAUGAAAGUGGAUAUUUAAUGGAGGGAGAGAGAUUGGGGAGAUAUAUAUAUAUAUGUAUAAAGUUCUCUGUUAACCAUAUUAGGUUAAACAUUUUUUGUACUGUGUUGGACUGAAGUUGUAACAUUGAGAGGAGCGUUCUCAUUUAGUUCAUGUGUAUGGCUUUAACCUGAUCCAGUCGUGUGGAAUCUUGCUUUCUCUCUCGUGCUGACAAAGACAAAAAUGUGUGUCUCCAUGUACCGCUUCAAUAAAUGUGAAUCCAGA